AUGAGCUCUGGAAGUGAGGCAAUGACCAAGCGUAAAUUGAUUGCUACAAUUGCUGACGAAGACACAGUAACAGGAUUACUUCUUGCUGGAAUUGGUCAAGUAUCCAACGAACCAGGCAAAGAAACCAACUUCCUUACAGUUAUCCCCGGCAAGACAUCGGUUGAAGACAUCGACGAGGCCUUUGAGACAUUUACCAAAGAGCGUGACGAUAUAGCCAUUUUAUUGAUAAAUCAACAUUUGGCCGACUUGAUUAGAUACAAAGUUGAUAGUUAUACAAAUGCGUUUCCAGCAAUAUUGGAAAUACCUUCAAAAGACCAUCCAUAUGAUCCAGAAAAGGACUCCAUAUUGAAAAGAGUUAGAAGGUUAUUUGGAGAGUAG